CCAAACGUGCAUGCAGUGCGGUUGGUAGCAUAGUUAAAAAAUAUAUAUAUUUAUAUAUUGGUUCUAGCAGCUUCUGUUAAUUGUCUUGCAGCAUUUUGCAGAAGUGGUAUACUUAUUGUAUACGUGCUGUGAUCCACGAAAUAAAAUUGUCGAACAGAUUUUCAUCUGUACCGUUGGUAGCCCACGUUGCCUCUCGCUUCGAUAGGCGCGUACACGCUCGCCCUUUGCAAUAUUCGCGGUUAAUGAUCAGCGAGCUAGGAGCUCGGUGAAACGAAAAAAAUGAUUGAUUUACGCGACAAGAACACGCAAAGUGCGUCGAACAUGUAUAAUAGACGAAACGACAAUAUGAACGUACCUGAGUGGUACAAGGACACGUGCAGUUAUGUAAUUGUGUUGGUAUAUGAGAAUUUUUAAUCAAUUUUUGGAGCUAUUGAUGUAUUUUGAUACUUCUGACUCUUCCUAUUUUGUAUGGUAUCGAACAGCGAUGGAGCACUUUUUGGAAGUAAUCUUGUUCUAUACUGAUUUUGUUUAAUAUAUGCAGGUUUAUUACUUUCUGCUAUGUGUAUAUUCUAUGGAGUAAUGCUUUCCCUUUAGGAAAAACAAAAACUAUCGUGGAGCUAACAUGUGAGCAUCAUAUGGAAAGUAACAACAGGGGACCGUACCAAUUACUCUGACAUAAAAAUGACUUAGAAAUUAAUGUAUUUCCAAGGAUUUCCUCUAUUAUUGUAUACCAUUUGUUCAGUUUGGUUUUUAUUAGAUCUGUAAUUAGUUUGUCAAACCAUUGCUGCUCAUGGCUUCUAUUAUUAAUGAUAUUAAUGGCGAGAUAUUUGGUGGCAGCAAGAAAACAUCAAGUUCUGUUUUGGAAGAUAAUGUUUAUCCACAAUUUACAUCACAACCUGGACUUGCUCCUCUUAGUCCAUACUUGAACUUCGAUCCAUCAUACCUACCUGCCACUCAGCCAGAGUUUAUAUUUCCUGAAGGAGCUGUAAAGCAACGAGGGAGAUUUGAAUUGGCUUUCAGCCAAAUUGGUGCUGCAUGUAUAAUAGGUGCAGGAGUUGGAGGUGCCAAUGGUUUUUACAAAGGCUUAAAGGCGACAACCCUUGCGGGUCAAACAGGAAAAUUAAGACGGACACAAUUAAUUAAUCAUGUUAUGAAACAUGGUUCAUCACUGGCAAACACACUGGGAGUAGUCUCUGUGAUGUACAGUGGGUUUGGUGUACUUUUAUCUUGGGUCAGGGGUACAGAUGAUUCCUUGAAUACUUUAGCAGCAGCCUCUGCGACCGGAAUGCUCUUCAAAUCCACAGCUGGACUGCGUAAAUGUGCAUUAGGAGGUGGCGUUGGUCUAGGAAUCGCAUCACUCUACUGCCUAUGGAAUAGCCGAGAAUCUUUUUCCCAAUUUAGACAUCACAGCAUGAAUCCGGCGUAAGACUAUCAAAAUGACCAUUUGGCAUCCCCAACUACUUAGAGACUAGCAACGAAUUUUCCCUGCCUUGUAAAUAGAAAAUUUCAUCGUGGAUUGCAAGACGAACAAUUUUUAGAAUUAUGCAAUACCAUGUAACUCAAAUAAAGAAGUGUAAAUAUACCAUGCACUAUCCAUUAAA